UGAUUAUUUCUUCUCCUCCCACUGUGUUAUCAGAGGGGCCACUGUUUACUCUCCUCUUCACCCUCUGCCACAGAGGCCUGUCUUUACACACUGGAAUGGACAAGAGGACAGCUUGUAGCUUUCAUAAUAAUUAUACACAACCUAGCUACCUUUAGGAGUGAGUAGUGGAGGAGAGAAAAAUAUUUUAACAAGAUGUAUCUUGCUAGUUUUUGUAUGGUUCUGUUAGGAUGUUUAGCCCUGGGUCAUGCAGCACCUACAGUCGCUCCAACAGUAUCACCCGAGGAUGAAAAUCUGGCAGAGGAUUACCUCUCUUCAUUCUACGCUGAUAUUGGGGUGACAAACGCCACAUCUCGAAGAAUCUUAAGGAGAAAUUACACUGAGGAUCUAGAAUCCAUGCAGGCUUUCUUUGGCCUAGAGGUGACUGGUGUCCUGAACAAUGAAACGGUUGAGAUGAUGAAGGCACCCAGGUGUGGUGUGUCAGACAUCAGCCGUUAUGCACACUUUGCUGGGAAACCCAGAUGGCUGAAAAGGCUGAUUACGUACAGGAUCACUCAGUACUCUCCAGAUCUGACCCAGCCACAGGUGGAUGCAACCAUCGCCCAGGCCUUCCAGCUCUACAGCGAUGUUACCCCCCUGAACUUUAAACAGAUCCGCUCUGGCACUGCAGACAUCAUGAUCCUCUUCAAGGGUGGAUAUCACGGGGACUUUUACCCUUUUGAUGGGAGAGGGGGAGUCUUGGCUCAUGCCAACUCUCCAGGAAGGGAUCAGGGAGGGGACACGCACUUUGAUGAUGAUGAAACCUGGACUCUCACCCAAAGAGGUGUGAAUCUGCUGCUGGUGGCAGCCCAUGAGUUUGGCCAUGCUCUGGGCCUGGAUCACUCCAGGGACAGAAGUGCACUCAUGUUCCCUACUUAUCAAUAUGUCAACACAAAUGGAUAUAAGCUGCCAGAUGAUGACAAGCGAGGAGUUCAAGCCCUAUAUGGUAGCCGUAACCCAGAACCCACAACAGCACCAAAACCCAAGCCACCUCCUCGCCCAGAGCCUGAACCAGAACCAGAGGAACCAACAGAAGAUCCCAACCCAGACCCUCUGCCUAACCCUGGAAAUGAGCAGUGCAGCCGUGACCUUGUGUUUGACGCUGCCACCUCAAUCAGGGGAGACCUGUUCUUCUUCAAAAAUGGAUACUACUGGAGGAAAAGUUCAAGCUUUCAAGGCAUCCGUUUAACCAAAGUGAGCACAAAAUGGUCAAGAAUCAACACUGUUGAUGCUGCGUUUGAGGUCCCACAAAAGGAUGCGGUGUAUCUAUUUGAAGGUCGUCAAUACUGGGGCAUAAGAGCUUACGCAAAGACAAUCAUGACAGGCUAUCCAAAGCCUCUCACCAACCUUGGCCUCCCUUCUACAGUCAAUAAGGUGGAUGGAGCUGUUUAUGUGCCAACUACUAGAAAAACUCUAAUUUUUGUGAAUAACCAGUACUGGAGCUAUGAUGAGGGCAGGAACCAAAUGGACUAUGGGUACCCGCGAUACAUCAGAACAGAUUUCCCUGGCGUAGGCUCCAAAGUAGAUGCAGUCUUUGAAAACUAUGGAUAUCUUUAUUUCUCAAAUGGACCCAGACAGAGUGAGUACUACCUGCCCUACAAGAGAGUGAUGCGUGUACUGCUCAACUACGGCUGGCUCAACUGCUACUGAGAACUUGGAAACAAAUGACGCAACUGGCUAUGUCCAAGAUGUAAAUGCAAUUAAUGUGCAUGUUAUGUAAACAAAAAUGCAAAUAAAGUAUAAUACAGUCUUGAGAUUUUUGGAACAAUUCUUGGACGCAGGUGUUGUCUUGUGGUUAUACUAGGCUCCUGCUUAGUUGUUCAAAAAACAGCAAAGUAGAGAGUCAGAGUGUAAAGGUUAGAAAGUGAUAAUCCCUCCAUCAGUACUGUAAAUAACAAUUGUCUUGCAUUACUGUUAUUAAGUGAAUUGUUACUCAUUUUUACUUAUUCA